AUGGCCUUCAUUUCCACUUUGAUGAAAGCCCAAACACAGGUGACAAGAAUGACUCAGCUUCCACACCUGCUACUGCUCUUAUGCUUCCUACCUCCAGCUAAUGCUAAGAAGAUGCCAAACAUGGGUGUGUUGGCAAACACUUUCCAGAUUCAGCAAGAAUAUUACAGGCCUGGUGAUCUCAUCAUUGGUGGGAAUUUGCAUCUGACAAGCAUUCAAUACUUAAACAAUCCACCUUUUACUAAAGAACCAUCCAAGAUUCUUUAUGAGCUGCUGCCUAUACUCAAAAAUUACCAGCAGUUCCUGACCUUGAAGUUUGCCAUCACAGAGAUCAACAAGGAUCUGCUUCUCCUUCCCAACAUCACCCUUGGCUUCCACAUCUACGACAAUCACCAGACUGAGAGGAAUAGUUCCUUUAUCAGCCUCUCCCUGCUCUCCAUGCAAGGUCAAAUGGUUCCAGGCUAUAAAUGUGGCAGGCACGGUACUCUGCUCUCUGUCAUUGGAAGUGGCAACCCAAAAUCCUCAAGGCAGAUGGCCUCCAUCUUCAGCAUCUACAAGGUCCCACAGCUCUGUGUCAGCUAUGAGUUUUCUCAAGGAGACAGAACCCUUUAUCCUUCCUUCUUCCGGAUUAAUCCCAAUGAAUUUCCUCAGUAUAUGGGUUUAGUCCAGCUGCUCCUGUAUUUCCAGUGGAACUGGAUUGGGCUUAUUCCCUCUGAAAGUGACAGUGGAAAACAUUUCACCUCAACUCUGAUGCCAAUGCUCAAGGAGAAGGAGAUCUGCUUGGCCUUGCCUAAAAUAUUCAAUUUUGAUAUUCUUGUUAUUAAAGUGAUGGGACCACUUAUUUUCAAGAUGUUUCAGGAAGCUGAAGUGAUUACUCUGUUUGGAGACUCCACUAUUAUUUCAAUGGUGUUGCUCAUCCUUCUUAGUUAUGGACAAUCCAUGUCAUUUCGGAAAGUUUGGAUCCUACCUUCCUUUUGCGAUUUUAGUGUGGUGGGAUCUAAACAAGUAUUGCAAUUUAGAAAGUACUUUCACGGGGCUUUGCAUUUUAAGGACCACACAAAGGAUUUCUCAGAAUUCAGCCAUUUUCUCCUGUCUUUAGACCCUUUGAACCCAGAAGGAGAUGAUUUACUCCCACUAUGGUGGGAAGAAAUGUUUGAUUGUGUAAUCCACAAACCAGGAGAGAUCACUAAAAAGUGGAAAAGACAAUGUACAGGAAAGGAGAAUUUGCAGAAUCUACCAUCUUAUAUAUUUGAAACAAUCAUGACAGGUGAAAGUUAUAAUAUCUACAAUGGCAUUUAUGCUCUGGCACACGCUCUACAUGCAAUGUAUGGAUCAGAAGCACGGCCAACCAUGAUGAGACUUGGAAAGACGAUCUCAAAUGUCCAGUCAUGGCAGCUUCUUGACUAUUUGAGGAAGAUCCAGUUCAACAACAGUGCUGGAGAGGAAGUCUUCUUCUCAGAAAAUGGACUGGGAUCUGCUAGUUAUGAUCUUUUCAACUGGGUUCUUUUCCCCAAUCAAUCUUUUGUCCCCAUGAAAAUUGGGCAAAUACAUUCUGGGGCUCCCCCAGGCCAGGAUUUCACCAUUAACUCCAGUGCAAUCAUCUGGGCUACAGAGGAAGAUCUAACCUUUCUGGUGGACUAUGGUGUAUUCUAUUACUUUCUUUUUGAGUUGUCUGCUGCAGACAUGAGUCACAACUUAGGCCCUCUGUGGGAGACAGAGACCUUCCUCAUGGUAGGUGCAACUGAAAAAGCUAAACUUUUAAUUUCAGAUGGAGCUCACUGUGACCCUUGCCCAGAACACCAAUACCCCAAUAAGGAUAAGAACCACUGCAUUGCAAAGAAGCUCCACUUCCUUUCCUAUCAAGACAUCCUUGGAUACAUUUUAGCAUCUCUUGCUCUUUUUCUCUCUGCGAUAACAUCUGCAAUCCUGGUGAUUUUUCUUAAACAUUGCAACACGCCAAUUGUCAAGGCCAACAAUCGAGAUCUCACCUACAUCCUCCUGGUCUCCCUCCUGAUCUGCUUCCUCUGUUCCUUCCUCUUCAUUGGUCAGCCUGAGAAGUUUACCUGUCUCUUCCGACAAGUUGCCUUUGCCAUCCUCUUUUCCCUUGCAGUUUCCUCUGUCUUGGCUAAAACUGUCAUGGUGGUUCUGGCCUUCAUGGCCACCAAGCCAGGGAACAGUACAAGGAAACUCUUAGGAAAACCACUGACCAACUCCAUUGUCUUAGCCUGUCCACUGGUCCAAGCAAGUCUUUGUGCCACCUGGCUAAUAACCUCUCCCCCAUUUCCCAACUUGGACUUCCACUCCUUGGUAGGAGAGACCAUCCUGGAAUGUAAUGAAGGCUCAGCUUUAAUGUUUUACACUGUCCUUGCCUACCUGGGUUUCCUGGCUCUCGUCAGUUUCAUUUUGGCUUUUUUGGCUAGGAAAUUGCCUGACAGCUUUAACGAAGCCAAGUUCAUUACUUUCAGCAUGCUGAUAUUUUGCAGUGUUUGGAUCACCUUCCUCCCCACCUAUCUGAGCACCAAAGGGAAGGCCAUGGUGGCUGUGGAGAUCUUCUCCAUUUUGGCCUCUGGAACUGCUCUCUUGGCUUGUAUCUUUUUUCCCAAAUGCUACAUUAUCCUACUGAAACCCAAUCUGAAUUGUAGAGAAAAUAUAGUAAGAAACAAGAAUAACUAA